GGAGGCAGAGAAAGAAGCUGGGAACGCAGCUUGAAAAACACCCUGCCUUCUAUGGUUACAACAUCACUGGGUAUGUCCCAAUAGGUGUGAACCACUCUUCAAUGAACGCCUCUGACGACAAUUUGGGUGAAUACUUAUGUUCCACUGGGAAUCUACCGCUCUGCGGUCGCAAAAAAAAUCUUCCUUAAAUUUAUGCGAUGCUGAACCGAAUCGAGUCAACGUCACACGGGUUCCUGAAGGACAGCAAUCCGGUGCAUUACCUGGCUGUGCCACAAAUACAUUGGUAUUUCUAGCGCCUUGAAGUCGACCAAUCAUGACAGCAUCGCUUCCAAAGAUUCCGCCUGAAUCACGCAAAGGCACGUCUUCGAAGGAUGGCAUCCGUGUGACUGAUGUGGACUCCCUGUGGGGCAUGGCAGUCCUGGUGACGGUGGUGGCGUUCCUGUCAACCGUGCUCAUCACCAACGCACCUUUCUUCUUCGUGCGGUUCAUGGACGCGUACGGCGUCAAUCACGAGGUUGCCUCGUGGCCUCUCACGAUCGUCGCCCUGGUCUCGCACCUGGCGCUGGAAUGGGUAUACUUAUGAUAUGCCUGUCGAUAUACACAAUGGACUAUUUCGACAAGUACAGAGGGACAGUCAGCGGACUAAAAUAUGCUGGAUGGUCUGCUUCAGGACUAGUGUUCCCUGCCAUCCUUGCGAAACUCGUCGACAUCUACCAUGUGAGAGGUAUGCUGCUUAUUCUAGGCGCUUUGACGAUGAACGUCAUGCCAUUGAUACUUCUCUUCGAAUACCCCGCAGUAACGAUGAAAGGCGAGUGCUUGCAGAAAAUGACACAUUUUUUAACGAAAGGCCAUGAUGGAGCCAUGUUCGAGAACGAAAAGGAAGAUGCAAGAAUAAGAACACCAGGAAUCCACGCCCAAGCUGUAGGCCUGGGAACAACAGCUGUCGAGCACAGAUCAAAUAGCAAACAAAUUAUGAAAAAGACGCUGCGGUUGGAAUAUAGCUUAGAUUGUAAUGUAGGACAUCGUGAUCCCUGUUCGAAGGCUGUGGGUGGUCGUGCCUCACAUGCUUGGAGGAGCCACGGUACAAAAGAAGUCGAUGCCGCUAUUUUAGGUUGCUGCAAAUCAAUUUCCGCAAUUGCUGGAGAAAAUUUGGCCUGUCAUGGGCAGCUAUACAAGCCAACCAAGCAGGAAUAUGAAGAAGAUGCGACGCUUCAACGUUCUUCGAGUAACGUGACAGAGGCAACGCUUGAUCAGAGGACAUCGUUUCCAAGUUCAAAGUCAUUCUGUGUCCCGGCUGCAAACCAUCUCAACGUCCGUACUCCUCUAAUAGGAGAAAAGGAAACGGCUUCUAGCAAAAGUGCCGCGAAUUCCCUUAAAAAAAUGUGGAUCCUUUUGCGCAAUCCCGCACUUUAUGGCAUUUCGGUGACUUACGUCUUUUUCGACUACUCGCAUAUAGUUUUCAUGAACAACCUGGUCGCCUACGCCGUGGACAAAGGCUCGCCGCUGCCGCUUGCCGAUUCGCUCAUCAUGUACGCCGCAGUGUCGGGCGUUGCUGGGCGCCUGUGCCUGCCCCUGGCUUCCGACACGCUCGGCCUGAGCAGGGACGUCUUCGUAGCGUGCAACCUUCUGGCCAUGGCCCUGUGUGUGGCGCUGCUGGCCGAGGUGGCUUCGCACGCGCUGGUCACCGUGCUGGUCGUUGGCGAGAGCUUGGCGGCAGGCAGCGUGCUGUCCAUGAAGCCCGUGCUUGUCGCGGAGUACAUGGGUGUCCGCAUGAUGACGGCCACCUGGGGAGUCAUGGGUGUGCUCAUGGUGCCGCUGUUGCUGACUAGUCCCUCAAUUGUGGGGUUCUUCAGAGACGGAAUGGGCUCCUUCGACAACCUCUACAGGCUCCACUCGGCACUAAACCUGUUCAUUGCGCUGAUCCUCUUCGGCCUGGCGUUCCACAGAAAAAAUCGCGCUAACAAAAGUGCCGCCGAAGAGAAAUAA